UGAUUACCCACCUGGAAACCAAAUAUUUACAACCUAGUUUGGUCAUCGUGACAUCAACAAUACAUAUUUCCUUGAUCGAUAUUUGAACAAAGCCCUGAAUGGCCAUACAUGGAACGCCUUUCUACUACCCAUUCUAACCGAAUUCAACAUUGAAACGAAAGCUUCACAAUUGAGAAUGUCGGGGCUAGGAUCACACGCGCGCCGACUGGGAAAGAACCAGCUUGGACCUUACGCAUUUGAGACGCGCAUGCCCGGCAAACUCUGGACAUUAAUAUCCGAUGAGAAUGGCUCGACGACCGAUCUGAAUGGGGUGAUACCAAUAUUAUCUUUCUUACUCGAGCGGGAUGAAAGUAUCGCAGUAGCUCACCUGUGUACAAAACACGCUACACAGGUCUUUAAGACGCGCUCCGAAGGUGCUCACUUUUGUGGCUACCGCAACAUCCAGAUGCUGCUUCUGUCUCUCAGACACAUCUGUCCUGAGAAACUCAUAUCACUUUCCGAUCAUGACAACAUCCCACAGAUUCAAGAAGCCAUUGAGAAGGCAUGGGAUGAUGGUUACAAUUCACAUGGACGGGUACAGACAGGGGGCAUCAUAUCCACGCGAAAACACAUCGGAACGUCGGAGGUGGAAGCGCUGAUGUUAAGCCUGAACAUCGCGUGCACCGGGCACUUAUUCAGUGGGAAAUAUGCAUGGAAGGAGUUGCUCGACUUUGCCGAACAGUACUUCCAUGCAAGCGGACUAGAUCUCCCACCACUCUUCCUGCAAAGACCUGCACAUUCUUUGACUGUUAUUGGGAUAGAGUUAUUGAAGUCUGGCGACCGCCGUCUCCUAGUGUUCGAUCCUCAAUGGAGGUCACCAUCGAUCAUGUCUGAUGCAGCGCGUGCUCGGGAGUGCGUUGGUCUACAUCGAUUACUGUUGUUGUGGCGUUACCGGAAGUCGAUACGGUAUCUAAAGCGGUUCAAAAGUUUCGAAGUACUUUCUAUCGAUGAACGUCUGCAAGGAAGACUGCCAUGAACGCAUUUGCAAUGAAAACACGAACACUCAGCCUACUGAGAAACUCCACGCCGGUAG